AUGGCUCUGCCAGAGUUGCAAGGCCGAGCCCUCUUGCUCACCGUCACUGUGCUGACGUCGCUCGGCUUCAUGUUGAUUGGGUACGAUAACGGUCUCAUGGGCGGACUGGUAAACGCGCCCGCCUUUGGCCGCUCGUUCGGGCACCCGGGUCCCAAGAUGAUUGGUCUCAUCGUUGCCAUCUUUGAAGUCGGAUGCUUCUUCGGCUCCAUCCUCUCGGCCGUGUUUGGCGAGAGGCUCGGCCGCAGGCGCACCAUCGCGCACGGCUGCUGCGUCAUGAUUGUCGGCGCCGUCCUGCAGGCGGCCUCGUACGGCAGGGCCCAGCUCAUCGUCGGCCGGGUCGUCUCCGGCCUCGGGCUGGGCGUCAUCAACUCGACGGUCCCCGUGCUGCAGGCAGAGUUCAGCCCCAAGGCCACCCGGGGAGUUUAUGUCUGCGCUCAGUUGUCGACGCUCAACCUGGGCAUCUUCCUCGUGUACUGGAUCGACUACGCCUUCUCGUCCCGCAUGGGCAGCUACGCCUGGCGCGUGCCCGUCAUCCUGCAGUGUCUCUGCAUCUUGCCAAUGAUGGGCAUCUUGAUGGUCAUCCCCGAGACGCCGAGAUGGCUGGCCUCGCACGACCGGCCCGACGACUGCGUCCGGGUCAUUGCCAGGAUGAAGUCCGCCUCGAUCCACGACGCCGAGGUGCAGCGUCUGUACAGGACCAUUUUGCAGGUCGUCGCCUUUGAGGCCUCGGCGGGCGCCGGGUCGUGGAGAGACUUGCUGUCAGACGACCGUGUCAAGUCCCAGACGCGACUGCUCAUUGCCUGUGCCAUCCAGGCUUUCCAGCAGCUCGGCGGCAUCAAUGCCGUCAUUUAUUACACAAACACGCUCUUCUCCAAGAGCAUCGGGUUCAGCGACAGAAUGUCGGCACUCAUGUCGGGCUUCCUGCAGACCUGGUUCUUUGUGGCGUCCUUUAUUCCGUGGUUCCUGAUUGACAGGAUCGGACGCAAGCCGCUGUUCGUGUCCAUGAUCAGCCUCAUGGCGGCCGCCAUGGCCGUGCAGGCCGGCCUCAUCUACCAGGUGCAGAACGAGACGAGCAUUGCACGCUCGGCCGGCAUCGGCGCCGCCGUCAUGCUCUUUGUGUUCCAAGGCGCCUUCACCGUUGGAUUCCAGGCCACGGUCUGGGUGUAUCCGUCCGAGAUCCUCCCCUUGCGGCUGCGCCAGAAGGGAUCCUCCAUCUCCACCGCGGCAAACUGGAUCUUCAACUACCUGGUCGUGCAAAUCACGCCCAUUGCCAUUGAGAAGAUUGGCUGGAGGACGUACAUCGUCUUUGCCAUCCUCAACGCGACCUGGGUGCCCAUCAUUUUCUUCUUCUUUCCCGAGACCAAGGGACUCGAGCUGGAAGACAUUGACCGUCUGUUUGCGGGACCCGACGUCGUCGAGUCUCUGGGAGACAAGUCGUCGACGACGUUGGCCACGGUGGAACACGUCGGCGUCGGCAGCGGCACAAACGGGCGUGUCUGA